AUGCAAGCAAGGAAGCAAGCAAGCAUGCAAGCAUGCAAGCAAGCGAGCAAGGAAGCAAGCAAGCAAGGACGAAAGCAAGGAAGCAAGGAAGCAAGCAAGCAAGCAAGAAAGCAAGCAAGGAAGCAAGCAAAUUCAAGCGAGCAAGGAAGCAUGCAAGCAAGCAAGCAAACAAGCAAGGACGAAAGUAAGGAAGCAAGCAAGUAAGGAAGCAAGCAAGCAAGGAAGAAAGCAAGCAAGCAAGGAAGCAAGGAAGCAAACAAAUUCAAGCGAGUAAGGAAGCAUGCAAGCAAGCAAGCAAGCAAGCAAGCAAGCAGCAAGCAAGCAAGCAAGCAAGCAAAAGCAAGCGGGCAAGGAAGCGAGCAAGUAAACAUGCAAGCAAGGAAGCAAGCAAGUAAGGAAGCAAGCAAGCAAGGAAGAAAGCAAGGAAGCAAGCAAGGAAACAAGCAAGGAAGCAAGCAAGGAAGCAGGCAAGCAAGCAAGCAAGCAAGCAAGCAAGCAAGCAAACAAACAAGCAAAGAAGCAAAUAAACAAGAGACUAAUUAA